CUCCCAUCGACGCGUAACGUCCUUGCUUUUCUCAGCAUUCUUUCCUUUUCUCUCAGCAAAUCAGUCAAGCCUGCCAAGGUUUUUAUUCCCAGGAGAACAAGGCCAUCCAUUCUACCAUCCCUCAAUUCCGUGGGCAUUGACAUCACUUUCUGGUGACGACCUCAGCUCAUCUGUGCUUAUCUUUGCCCAUCCAUCUCCUAUCGCCGCCUUCCCCCCCUUUCCUGCUUCUGGUCGUUCACUGGUGUCGCCAGCUGCAUAUCCCACGACCACCCCUCCCACAGCAGCUGUCGCAUCACUGGACUUCCUCUCCCAGGCUCUUCAGAAUAACUCUCAUCCACCAUGUCUUCGUGGAAAAUCACCGAGAAGUUGAAGAAGACGCAUCUCAGCAGUCCCCUCAGCAGCUUCGGGCGUUCGCCAUCCCAAUCGACCAUCACCGACAAGGAUGCAAAGGCACAACCUCAGAGCGGCCCUAGUGGCACUGCCCCAUCACCAACCCCUCCUGACAACAACAUUGCCUCUUCGGAAGCCCUGACACAGACACCUGUUGAAUUUGCCCCCAAGCCUGGCAUCCUCGUCGUCACUCUCCACGAGGGUAGGGGUUUUGCCUUGCCCGAACCGCACAAGAACAUCUUCAGUAGUCACAGCACCUCUGCAUCACAAGGGGGUGGGGCGAGCAUCGCUGGCUCUGUACGAACUGCCCCGAAUGGCCACAGGCCUAAUACCUCUGGUGGCUUCGGCAAUGUGCCCACCAACCAUGGACGCGUGUCUGGCAAGUAUAUGCCCUAUGCCCUGCUUGACUUCGACAAGGUGCAGGUCUUUGUCAACUCUGUUGAGGGCAACCCCGAGAAUCCACUGUGGGCUGGCUCCAAUACCCAGUACAAGUUCGAUGUGUCGCGAGUGACGGAUGUCACUGUCCACCUCUACAUCCGAAAUCCGACAGCGCCCCCAAGCGUCGGCCGCGCCAACGACAUCUUCCUUGGCGUUGUCCAGAUCAAGCCCCGUUUCGAAGAGAAGCACCAGUUUGUCGAGGAUCCUAAGGCGAACAAGAAGGAUCGGGAGAAGGCAGCGACCGAGUUUGCCGAGAAGGAGAAGGCGUUGGGCCACAGUGGCGUUCAGUGGGUUCCCGUCGGUUAUGGACAGGGCGAGCUCAAGAUCGGCAUCGAGUAUGUGGAGAACAGGGCCGGCAAGCUCACUAUUGACGAUUUCGACCUCCUCACGGUGGUCGGCAAGGGCAGCUUCGGCAAGGUCAUCCAGGUCCGCAAGAAAGAUACGAGUCGUAUCUACGCGCUCAAGACGAUUCGCAAGGCCCACAUCAUCUCCCGAUCCGAAGUCACCCACACCCUCGCCGAGCGAUCCGUCCUCGCGCAGAUCAACAAUCCGUUCAUCGUCCCCCUCAAGUUCACCUUCCAGUCGCCCGAGAAGCUAUAUUUUGUACUGGCCUUCGUCAACGGUGGCGAGCUGUUCCAUCACCUACAGAAGGAGCAGCGGUUCGAUGUCAAUCGGUCCCGAUUCUACACCGCAGAGCUGUUGUGCGCUCUCGAGUGCCUGCACGGGUUCAACGUCAUCUACCGAGACCUGAAGCCCGAGAACAUUCUGCUGGAUUAUCAGGGCCACAUCGCACUGUGUGACUUUGGCCUCUGCAAGCUGGACAUGAAGGACGAGGAUCGGACCAACACCUUCUGUGGUACUCCCGAGUAUCUAGCCCCCGAGCUCCUCAUGGGUCAGGGUUACAACAAGACCGUGGACUGGUGGACGCUGGGUGUCUUGCUCUACGAAAUGUUGACGGGGCUUCCCCCCUUCUACGAUGAGAACACAAACGAGAUGUACCGCAAGAUUUUGGGCGAACCACUGCACUUCCCUAGCCACGACAUUGUGCCGCCCGCGGCCAAGGAUCUCUUGACCAAGCUGCUGAACCGCGACCCGGCGCAACGCCUGGGUGCAAACGGCUCGGCCGAGAUCAAGGCACACCCCUUCUUCCAUGCGAUCGACUGGCGUAAGUUGCUGCAACGCAAGUAUGAGCCCACCUUCAAGCCCAAUGUGGCUGGUGCCAUGGACACGGACAAUUUCGAUCCAGAGUUCACCCGGGAGGCGCCUCAGGAUUCAUACGUGGGAGGUGUUCCCCUUUCGGAGACGAUGCAGAACCAGUUCCAGGGCUUCAGCUACAAUCGCCCGAUCGCCGGCCUCGCGGACGGUGGUGGCAGUGUCAAGGACCCUUCAUUCAUUGGCAGUGUCACAGGCCGAUAAGAGCGAGAUGAAGAGAUGCCCCAAGAUUCGGAAUCACGAGAGAAAGCAGGUUUGGAUGAUGGAUUUUGCAUUUGUACAACUAUGAGGGCGCAUGACAGCAGCAUGCAGGCACAGAUGUCAUAUUGCAAUUGACAGGGCAUAUACUGGAUGGGAUGAGUCGAGGAAGCCCUCAUGUCACAAUCAAUCCUUUACGGGGGAAUGAGGAGAAGGGCCUGCUUUGAUCACAGCCUCCUUCCUUUGUUGUCCCGUUUCCCGCUGCACAUCUUGGGUUGAGCAUCACCCUUUCCACACCCUCACAUACUGGAGUUUGGUCUGAUUUUUACACUCUUCCACUGGCACAGAUCUGCAGAUGGUGUGAUUUGUCAUUUCAUUACUAGGGAUGCUCAAUUUUGCAGAUCUUGGUGGUCUGCAAACUUCGAGCUUUCUGAAAGUUGUCUGGCACAGUGGAGAGAUUCAGGGAAGGAAAAAGUCUGGUAGAGGAGAUGCUUGAUCACCCAUGGACAUUGCAGUGAAGCAGUCCUUAGAGGAGACGGUAGGCAGAUAAACAACAAUACACAUCGGGUAUCUUC